CCGGGUCAGAGAAGCAUGGAGGAAAAUGAGGGCAAGCUGCAGAGCCAUAGCCUAACCAGGUAGCUCAUGUGGAGAAGCAUGCUACUGAAGGGCACCACCUGCCUCCUGCAGGUGGCAACCAAGAGGUUUCUCCACCAAAGACACUUUUCGUCCUUCUGUGUCAGACGUCUCACUCACAGGCUCCUUCACAGGCCUCCUGAGACUCCGUGUGGUUUACAUCUCCGGGGUAAAGGCUGCUUGUUGGCACACAGUGAGACCAGGGCUUACAAAAAGGAUACUAACUCCACUGUAGAGUUUCCUGUGAGUCCCAUCACAGUCACAGAUAUCAAACAGUAUCUGCGCUCCAAAGGCAUUCCCUUCCAUGAUGGUUACAGCUGCUUCCACAUCCAGAGCAUCUUUGUCAAGUCUUUUGACAGGAAGGACAGCUUCUCCUUGUUCAUUGACAAAACCACCGGACAGUUUCUGUGCAAAGACACGCUGGUGGAAGGGAGCUGGGAGGAUCUCCAGGACUGCCUGGAGGUGAUGCAGAAGGAUGCGCAGGACUUCCUCAGCCCUGAUGUGCUGCUGGGUUAUCCCGAAAGUUUGGAGGAGCAGGAAGAGAGGGAGAGAGAGCUGAGAGAGGUGCAGAGGAUCUGGUCCAGCUCUGUGCCCCUCACUGACCUCCCUGAGGACGAGGCUCAGCUGAUCAAAAGCAUGUUCCAGAUCACAAAGGUCUCUAAUGCAACCCUCAAGAAGUUUGGCGUGAGGCUCUUCAAGCCUACCAAGAGUCUGGUUUUCCCCUGGUUUGGUGGACCUGACUCCUCCCUAAAGGGGGUGAAGCUGCUCUCUGCCCAAAGCACAGACACUGAAAAGGUUACUUAUAAUGAAGCUACACUCCCAAAGUGUAAUUCUUACUACAACCUUUUUGGCCUCCCCCUGGUGGGUCGUAUGGACUCUGAGGUUGUACUGACUGGACAUGAGCUGGACACUCUGGCUGUGAGCCAGGCCACAGGACUUCCCAGUGUUGCUCUUCCGCGUGGGGUCAGCUGCCUCCCACCAGUCCUGCUGCCUUAUCUGGAACAAUUCAAGCGUGUGACGCUGUGGCUAGGCGGGGACAUUCGCUCCUGGGAGGCGUCAAAGCUCUUUUCACGCAAGCUGGGUCUGAGGCGCUGCUCGCUAGUGCGGCCCGGGGAGUUCCGGCCCUGUCCCGUAGAGGCGCUGGCCCAGGGGAAGAACUUAAACCAGAUCAUCAAAACCUCAAUCCCAGCUGCCCAUAAGUCCAUAGUUUCCUUCAAGCAGCUCAGAGAAGAUGUAUACGGGGAGCUGGUGAACACAGACCAGGUAGCUGGAGUGAAGUGGAAGAGGUUUCUGGAGCUCAACAGGAUCCUGAAGGGACACCGCAAGGGGGAGCUGACUGUUUUCACAGGUCCAACCGGCAGUGGGAAGACCACUUUUAUCAGCGAGGUAGCCCUGGACCUUUGCAUGCAGGGCGUCAACACGUUAUGGGGCAGCUUUGAGAUCAAUAACGUGCGUCUGGCAAAGAUCAUGCUGACACAGUUCGCCAUGCAGAGGCUGGAGGAAAACCUGGAGCAGUACGACUUCUGGGCAGAUAAGUUCGAGGAACUGCCACUCUACUUCAUGACUUUCCAUGGGCAGCAGAACAUCAAGACAGUGCUGGACACUAUGCAACAUGCUGUCUACCUGUAUGAUAUCAACCAUGUCAUCAUAGACAACCUGCAGUUCAUGAUGGGGCAGGAAAACCUCUCAGUAGACAAGUUUGCGGUCCAGGACCACAUUAUCGGAGCAUUCAGGAAGUUUGCCACCAAUAGCAGCUGCCACGUCACUCUGAUCAUUCACCCCAGAAAAGAGGAGGAUGACCGAGAACUGCAAACAGCAUCCAUCUUUGGUUCGGCAAAGGCCAGCCAAGAAGCCGACAACGUCCUGAUCCUGCAGGAGAAGAAGCUGGUGACGUGUCCCGGACGCAGGUCCCUGCAGGUGACCAAGAACCGCUUCGACGGAGACGUGGGCAUCUUCCCUCUGGAUUUCAUCAAGUCCUCGCUCACCUUCUCAACUCCCAUCAAGGGCAAGCAGAAGUUGAGGAAGGUCGCCUUCAAGCCAGAGAACGAGGAGGUGGCAGUGAAGAAGGAAGAGGUGAAGACAGAGAUGGAAGAGAUUAAAAAAGAGAAGGCAGCCAAAACAACAAAGACUCCACGAACUAUGAAGACUCCUGCAACUGGAAAUGACAGCAUGCAGAAGCAAUCAUAAACUAACAUCUUGUGUCCCUCGUUUGUAAUUCACAAUGAAACAUACAGUUCAUAAUCCAGGAUAAUCUGAGGUUACAAAAGAUGUAUUUCAUUAUGGAACUAAGUGUGGACAUUUCAGCCAGAAUGUGAAAUAAUGAUGGUAAAGUUAAACUUGUACACAGUUUGUAAAGCUCUCCUCUGCAACUGCUACUGUAUAUUGCGAAUGAGUUCUCUGUUAGAAGUGUUAGAUAAGAUACUGUUCUGCAAUUUUCACAAAAUACUGUGACAUCAACAGCUACUGUUUUCAUGCUACUGUUCAAUAUUUCCUGGUAAAACACUAUCACGCUGUCUGCUUGCCAGGAUGACACAAGCACUUGCACACGACCAUAGUGUGCUUUCUAAUGACUUUUUGUACUAUGAUGAGUUAUUCAAU